GAGGCAGCAGCGAGUGAGGACGGGAGACAAAGAGACAGACAGAGGGAGAAAUGGGCCUGGUCUGGUCUGGUCUGGGUUAACCCUGGUCUGGGUUGGUCCUGGUCUGGCUCAGUACUGGUCUGCCUGGACCAACUGUUUGUGUAUGUGAUGGCAGAGCACAUGUGUGUGUCUGUUAUGAGUGUGUAUUUGUAGGUGGGUGUGUUCAGUGUGUUCGCGUGUGUGUGUCUGUGUGUGUGUGAGAGAUGGGGAACACCGAGAGCAUGGAGUCUCAGUUGGCCGUGAUCCGGUCCAGAGCUGCUCCGGUUCGGCUCCCGAUGCCAGAUCCUGCUGAGCUGGAGGAACGGUUUUCCAUCGCACUGAAUUCGAUGAAUCUUCCUCCAGACAAAGUUCGCCUUCUUCGUUCCUAUGACAAUGAGAAGAAGUGGGAGCUGAUUUGUGACCAGGAGAGGUUUCAGGUGAAGAAUCCUCCACAUACAUACAUCCAGAAACUCAGAGGGUUCCUGGACCCACAGGUCACACGAAAGAAGUUCCGUAGACGAGUUCAGGAGUCGACCCAGACUCUCAGAGAGCUGGAGAUCUCACUGCGAACCAACCACAUCGGGUGGGUUAGAGAAUUCCUGAAUGAAGAGAACCGAGGGCUGGAUGUUCUGGUCGAGUAUCUGUCCUUUGCUCAGUAUGCUGUCACAUUUGACGGAGAACAGUCAGAGGUUGGAGGUGACUCCUCGUCUAUUGACUCUCCGUGGAGUCGUUCCAUUGAAGAUCUCCACGGUGACUGCAGUCUUCCCUCUCCGUCUUCCUCUGCUCCGCGGGCGUCUCGUCACUCCAUCAGCUCCACCCUGGUCACUCGUUCUAACACUCUGCCCAGUCGCCGCACACUGAAGAACUCCAGACUUGUCUGUAAGAAGGACGAUGUCCAUGUCUGUAUCAUGUGUCUGAGAGCCAUCAUGAACUACCAGUAUGGGUUCAACAUGGUGAUGUCACAUCCUCAUGCUGUCAAUGAAAUUGCCCUGAGCCUGAACAACCGGAACCAGAGGACCAAGGCUCUGGUGCUGGAACUGUUGGCUGCCGUGUGUUUGGUGCGAGGCGGUCAUGAGAUCAUCCUGAUGGCCUUUGAUAACUUCAAGACGGUUUGUUCAGAGUCGCUGCGUUUCGAAAAGUUAAUGGAACAUUUUAAGAACGAGGACGACAACAUUGACUUCCUGGUGGCCUGUAUGCAGUUCAUCAACAUCGUGGUCCAUUCAGUGGAGGACAUGAACUUCAGAGUCCACCUUCAGUAUGACUUUACCAAACUAAACCUGGAUGACCACCUAGAGCGACUGAAAAACACUGAGAGUGACAGGCUGCAGGUCCAGAUCCAGGCCUACCUGGACAACGUGUUCGAUGUUGGAACUUUGCUGGAGGAUGCUGAGACCAAGACGGCUGCCCUGGAACGAGUGGAAGAACUAGAGGAGAAUCUGACCACGAUGUCCGAGCGUCUUGUGGACGUGGAGAAUGAAGCCAUGCUAAAAAUUGUCGAACUGGAGAAAAAGCUGAUGCAAACCAACAAAGACCUGGACCAACUGAGGGAGGCUUACAGCAGCGCUAAUGCUCAACUUGUCACAUUGCGACGUAUGGUGCGGGAGAAAGAUCAGACAAUAAAUCGGCAGAGUCUCCUGGACCGGCAGAGUCAAUCAGAACACCAGGAUCCAGGUGUUGGACACACAGGCGAAGAUGUCACACCACAACUACAGAGAGGACAGGGAGACGGGGGCGUGGCUGAGUCUGCCUCUCCAUCAUUAAACAUGACCAACACCAGUAACAGCUUUGAAUCUUCAGCCUAUCAAAGCACAGAGCCAGUGAUGGGCGGAGCUCCUAGUCUGCUGGUUCCACCCCCUCCCCCUCCUCCUCUGCUCGUUCUGCUGGUUCCACCCCCUCCCCCUCCUCCUCUGCUCGUGUCAGAUUAUCUCACACCUGGUCCUGCUCCUCCACCUCCAGCCCCGCCUCCUCCACCUCCUCCCCCUCCCCCUCCCUGUCGCAGCGGUGAUCUUAGCUCCACCUCCUCGGUACCGCUGCCUCCGCCCCCACCACCCGUGGCACCGCCCCUGCCGGGCUCAGGGGGAUCAGGGCCGACCAUUUUUAAUCCUGGACUCCCAGAGGGGGCACUGAAGCUGUUCUCUGUGAAGAUUAAGAAGCCUAUCCAGACCAAGUUCCGGAUGCCGGUUCUGAACUGGGUGGCGCUUAAACCUAGUCAAAUUAAUGGAACUGUAUUCAACGAUGUAGACGACGAAGCUGUGCUGCAGGACCUGGACAUGGGGGAGUUUGAAGACCUCUUUAAAACCAAGGCUCAGGGUCCGGCUGUGGAUUUGACCUUGUCGCGACAGAAACUUCCUCAGAAAGUCGUGUCAAAGAUUUCGCUGUUGGAGGCGAAUCGAGCCAAAAAUCUGGCUAUCACGCUGAGGAAGGCGGGGCAGGGGUCUGAUAUCAUUUGCCGAUCCAUUCAGACGUUUGACCUGAGGAAAGUGCGGGUGGACUUUGUGGAGUGUCUCACACGUUUUCUUCCCACGGAGUCGGAGCUGAAGGUGCUGCGUCAGUACGAGCGCGACAGGAAACCGCUGGAGGCGCUGAGUGACGAAGAUCGAUUCAUGAUGCAGUUUAGUCGUAUCGAGCGUCUCACGCAGAGGAUGAGCAUCAUGACCUUUAUGGGCAACUUCAACGACAACAUGCAGAUGUUAACACCGCAACUCCAUGCUGUCAUUGCCGCUUCUGUUUCUAUCAAAUCAUCCCAGAAGCUCAAGAAGAUUCUGGAGAUAAUUUUGGCAUUGGGAAACUACAUGAACAGCAGCAAAAGAGGAGCCGUUUAUGGAUUCAAACUCCAAAGUCUGGACCUGCUCUUAGACACAAAGUCGACCGACCGAACACAGACGCUGCUCCACUACAUCGCCUGUGUGGUGAGAGAGAAAUACUCAGCUGCUGCUCUCUUCUAUAAUGAGCUUCACUACGUGGACAAAGCAGCUGCAGUGAGUCUGGAGAACGUUCUGUGUGAUGUGAAGGAUCUUCAGCGUGGGAUGGAGUUGACCUGGAGAGAGUUCAGUGUCCAGCACAACUCCACACUUAAAGACUUCAUCAGCAGGCAUGAGUCACGACUGGCGCAACUGCAGGCUCGCAUUGCUCAGGAUGCAUUUGAAGACGUGGUGAAGUUUUUUGGUGAGAGUUCCAAAACGAUGCCUCCAUCUGUCUUUUUCCCCAUCUUUGUUCGCUUCAUCAAAGCAUACAGAUUGGCUGAGGAGGAGAACGAGCAGCGCCGCCGCCAGGAGCAGAUGUUGUUAGAAAAACUGGAGCAGGAGGAGCAGCAGGAGGAGGCACAGACAAAAUCUCCGUCCCACAGAGGAAAGCGCCAGCAGCAGGAACUGCUCACGGAGCUGAGAAGGAAACAAGGGAAGGACAGUCGACAUGUUUACGAGGGGAAGGACGGUGCCAUUGAGGACAUCAUCACAGCUCUGAAGACCGUCCCCUUUACUGCUCGGUCGGCAAAACGCAGCUCACGCUUCUUCUGUGAUCCAACCCACUCAGAUGAGCACUACUGAUGAAGGGGGGAGGGACAGGAAGCACUGAGAAUGAGAGAGACGGUGACUGACAGACUGACAGACAGAGGUAUUUUUCCUGGAUCAAGUCUUUUUCUGGAGGCCACACCUACAUGUGAUUAAAUAGAAUAAUCAGCACUUUCUCUGAUCAUGUGACUUUAUGCAUUAUUUUUAAGAAAGACAUUCUCCAAAAACUGACUUAAAAACUGCACAGGGUUCCGAGUCCUGAUCGAUGACUCAUGGUAUGAUUUGAUAACAGUUUGCACUGUAGAGAGAUUUCACAGGAACAUUUGUUCAGUGACUUAUGCCUUUACAAAUGUCUACCUGCUGGUGGUGCUGCUGAGACUCUAAGACUCUCCAGACCAUCCUGAAGAGAAAGACAAACCAGGAGGCCAGGACAAAAAACUAACUUUGUCUACAACCAGGUCUGACUAAAGACUUUGGCUGAAGUUUUAGUCAGAAAGAUUUGAGACUGACUCAAGAUCAUUUAUGCCUACCUUACCCACUUUGCUCAACUCUACCUAUUCCCCACUUCUGUUUUUUUAAACUGGUCUUUUCUGAUUCUUAGACGCUAUUUCUUAAUUUCACUGAAACAUAACAAUCUGGUUUAUUUAAGAAACGAUUAAAAGAUUGAGAUUCCAUUUUGAGUCUAGAACUUUAUGCUGACUUCCUGUCAGCUGACGCCACCUAGCUUUGACCAUAAUUUAGACCAGGGGCCUCUGUACAAAGACUUGCGCAGAUUUCAUUGUGAAAAAGGGUGUACGUUUGUACAUGAGGCACCGCUCAUUUCUACGCUCAUUUCAGUUUUGAUACAUCCGAACGGGAGCGUGGAAAAGGGCGUACGCACCUUUUCUGUUCGUAAGCAAGGUUCGUACACGAGGCCCCAGGUGUUCAGGACUAGAGGACUGACCUUCUGGACCCACAGGACAAUCCAGGACUAACUGACACCUUUGACCUUCAAACAGCACAACCUUUUCUAUUUUUUUUUUGUAACGCAAAUUUGUUAAAAUGUUCGAGUGUUAAGUGGUUAUGUUGAUGGUGAAAUUAAAAACAAUCUGGUCACGUGA